UUUCGUCCAAGCGUCGACGGGCGUGUUGCUGUUCGCGUGUGUGUAGAAAUGUAGGAAGUAACGUUAACCUAACUUUCGGACCAGGAGGACGCGGAGACGUAAAUCCUGAGUUUCUGAACGAAGUUGUGAUUUCUAGGAGUAAGGACGACGCCGAGCUGCUGGGAAAUUAUUCUGUCUUCAUUUGAAAGUCUCUCUUAACAGUUUCUUGGCUCGCUUUUACUUUAACUCUCAGGUGAAGGUAGUUUUUUGUUUGUUUAUUUAUUCCUCCUUAAAAGUAGUGUGAUAGGAGUUGGUUAGCGCCAAACGGAGGUGCAGAGAUCUUCGUCUUCCCGCGGCUGUCAGCGCCUUUUCUGCUUUUAAAAGAUGAAAUGAGACGUUUUGCUCAAAAGCGGAGCCCUGCUGAGGUUUUGGAGCAGUGAGUUAUGCUGAGGACUGUCUGUGACUGUCAGGAUGACCACUACAGAUGGAUCUGGGGCCCUAGAGCAUGAUGAAGAGGCCCGUGUUGUGCAGAUCUACCCCAGGGUGUCGUAUGACACAGCUGCCUACUGUCCCCUGCAGAUCAGUGUUGGGGACACCAUGGCGUCGGUCAUCCACAACGCUGUGGUAACUCUGGACCUGGACCCCAACCAGACAUACGACCUGCUGGAGGUGAGGAAGAGCGGGGGAAAGGAGAGGCCGCUGAAGGCAGGGGACUCCCCUUUGGAGCGAGUCCUGCUGUGGCCCACAGAGGCACAGAAGUGGCACCCUCAGAGCAAAGGGUACUACUUCAUCCUGCAGCAGCAGCAGCAGCAGGUCAACAAUGGAGGCUUCAGAGCAGAGAUCAGCACAGGGGAGUGUGAUGACCUCUGCAGCCUCUCCACACUGACUGAGGAGAAUGUUCUGGAGGUUUUACGCCAACGCUUCUACAAGCACAAAAUCUACACCUACGCCAACAAGAUCCUCAUCGCCAUCAAUCCCAAUAAGUUCCUGCCUGUUUACUACAACCCCAUGUAUGUCAAAAUGUACGAGAACCAGCCACUGGGAAAACUGAGUCCUCACAUUUUUGCCAUCGCCGACGUGACCUUCCGCGCUAUGCUGAACAGGCAGGCUAACCAGUGUAUUGUGAUAACUGGUGAGAGUGGCUCAGGGAAGACUGAAAGCAGCAGUUAUCUCAUUCAUUGCUUGACUUCACUCAGCCAGAACAUGUACUCCAGCGGGCUGGAAAGGACCAUCCUCGGGUCCGGGCCGGUGUUGGAGGCCUUUGGCAACGCCAAGACCACAAAGAAUAACAACUCCAGUCGCUUUGGGAAGUUUAUCCAGCUCAACUACCUGGAAAGUGGUGUCAUCAGAGGGGCCGUUAUUGAAAAGUACCUACUGGAAAAAUGCCGUGUGGUGACCAGAGAUAAGAGUGAGAGAAAUUUCCAUGUGUUCUACUAUCUGCUUAUGGGCGCGUCCAAAGAGGAGCAGGAAGAGCUACAUCUACUAAAGCCACAGGAUUAUCUCUACCUCAAACAGGAAGAACUGCUUUUAGACGAUGAGGAGAAACUUGGGCAAGAGUACAGGAGGCUCCAUCAAGCUAUGGAGAUGGUUGGGUUCCUGCCCUCCACUAAGAAACACAUAUUUUCCAUCCUCUCCGCCCUCCUCCACUUGGGUAACGUCACAUUCACUCAGUCAGAGGACCCUCCGGGUUUGGAGGUUGGACCUCCUGAAGUCUUGUCUAUACUGUCAGACCUGUUGAAGGUGGAAGAGGAAUCACUGGUGAAUACUUUGAUCAAGAGAAAAAUGAUAACUGCCAGCUUCACCAUAGCUUUACCGUACACACUAGAUGAGGCCGUCGCAAUGCGAGACUCCAUGGCCAAAUCUUUAUACGGCGCUCUGUUUGACUGGAUCAUCCUUCACAUCAACCAUGCGACCAUGAACAGACGAGACAUGGAGGAGUCCGUCUCAUGUUUGUCCAUCGGUGUCCUGGAUAUGUUUGGGUUUGAAAACCUCCAGUCAAACAGUUUUGAGCAGCUGUGCAUCAACUACGCCAACGAGACACUGCAAUGUUACAUCAACCAGAACAUCUUCAGGCUUGAGCAAGAGGAGUUUGUGGCCGAGGGCAUUGCCUGGAAAAACAUCGAGUUCAGUGACAACACCGACUGCGUUCAGCUGUUCGACAAGAAGUCGAUCGGACUCUUCGACCUGCUGGAGAAGGAAAGCAGCCUCACCGAGGCCACAGACAAGAGUCUCCUGGACAAGAUAAAGAAGCAGCAUCAGGACAACCCAUACUUCAAACCAUCUCCACACACAGAGCCAACUUUUGUGAUUCAACACUUUGCUGGGAGGGUUAAAUAUCACAUCAAGGACUUCAGAAAGAAAAACACAGAGCACAUGCGUCCUGACGUCAUAUCACUUCUGCGGAGCAGUGAACGCUCCUUCAUCCAUCACUUGGUUGCUUCCAGCCCGGAAGCACAGUUCAGAUGGGGUGUCCUCCGAGCAGCCGUCCGCAUCCUCACAGUAUUCAAAAAGCUGGGACGCCGGCGGGAAGAAUUAACUGGUGCAAGGCGGAAGUCUUUAAAAGAGAUACAGGAAAAGCGCCGGAGUACUUUAACUCGGCUAUCCAGUACCAGCACGAGUCUGGAUUUCUCCUUUGAUCACUCUGAUGAACGACCCGUUGAUGUAUUUGAUUUUUUGGCCAUGGGUCACGACCAAACCAGCCAGCCUGUCUGCAGUACUGGGCCGAAAAGGAGAACGAAAAGCGGUCGACAGAAGCAGGUUAUUCCAAAGAACCUUGUUGAUUUGCGUUCUCUCCGACACAUUAUUGGUCUCACGGGGCACGACCUAACCAGCAAAUCCAUCUUCCAUCCUCACCGAAAGUCAAAUCCCUCUACAGUCGGCUGUCAGUUCCAGGCAUCACUCACAACUCUGAUGGACAGAAUUGUAAAAGCCGAGCCUUUCUUCAUUUUCUGUGUGUGCGCCAAUGCUGAAAAGAAGGAGCUGUGCUUUGAUGAUAAACUUGUCCUAAACCAAAUCAGGUAUACAGGCUUACUGCAGAUAGUUCACAUCCAGAAGUCUGGCUACAGUGCCAAAUACACAUUUGAGGAAUUUGUUGAGAAGUUUAGGAUUUUGUUUCCACAAGGAACUGCUGCAACUCCAGAGCACAUUACUACUCUGUUUGAGAGGAUGGCUUUGGAUAAGAAGACCUACCAAAUAGGAAAAACAAAGGUUUUCCUUAAGGAAAAGGAACGGCAACUGCUUCAAGACACACUCAACAAAGAAGUGAUGCGCCGCAUCAUCACGCUGCAGCGCUGGUUCCGCACGUGCCUCAUAAGGUUCCACUUUUUGGAGAAAAGAGAUGCUACAAUGAUCAUACAGAGGAGAUGGCGUCAGUUUUCUCUGACCCAAAAUCGAACCGCUACAUUGAUGCAGGCAGCAUGGAGGACGUCCAUGGAGGCGUCCAAACACACGCAGUGGAAGCAGGAUGACAGCGGCUCCCAAGACCGGGUCGGACGGGAAAGCUUUGGAAAAAGGGAGUUGAAGAGGCAGGAAAAAAUGGAGCUCAGUCCAAACAGGAUGUUGCAGCCUGACCCAGUCGAUAGUCAUGCUGUACAGCGGGACAGAAGCAAGGAGAAACGUCAAGGCAGAUCCCCUCCAUCACUCACCAGACCCUUCUCCGUCCCUGUAGAUCUAGUUUCCAUUAACAAUGACCCCACCAGCAACACUAAGGGAAACACACCUCUGCGCUACAAGGAUAUCGAUGGAUUCAAGGAGAAGGCCGAGAGGUGGAAGGACAGACAUAGUGAAGGAGAUUCAGGUUCUGAAGUACUCCGGCAAAGAAAUCAUAGGAGAAAUAAAUUUCACACCAAAAAGUCCAUGUCUGCAGAUGAACUUUCCAAAAUCAGCUCAUCAGGCUCUGACAGCUCAUCUUCAGUCAACGAGGUGAAGGUCCGGGUCCGCAAGCGCAAGAAACACAAGCGGCGCUUAGCCUACGCCCGCAGUGGUUUGAUGUGUAACUUUGCUGGCUCCAAGGAGGGCGAGUACUGGAGCUUUCCGCUGCCGCCCAUAAGUCCCUGUGUGGCCAGUCUGACGAGCUUGGCCAAUAGCGCCGAUGUCCGGGACCUCAAAUCCCAGGUCGAGAUAACAGAUGGCUCAAGGUUCUGCAUUCCAAUCCACUACACCAAUGAGGACAGCGUAGGACAUCACGACACCAGCACCCCUGAUAGGACUUGGUCUCUCGGUAAAUUUCUGAGGAAAAUGGCACCCAGAAUAUCCCCCAGCAGUGAAUCUCCAACAGAUAAAGCAGUCACCUUGUCCAAGCACACUUCACAUUCUAACCAAACGACAAACCAAAACAGUGCAAAAUCAAAUCGUAACCCCACCAUUCGAAUCAGCCGUGCCACACGGGCGUUGCAGUGGGACUCCUCUCUGGACCAAGAGGUUACUGACACCAAGGAGCUACGAAACCUGGAUGAGUUCCUUGGGAAUCAGGUGAAUGAGCUGCAAACUAGAAAGGAUCUGUCGCCAGCUGAGAUGAUUUUUCUCACAGCCACGAUGCAGUUCAGAGAGAACAUCAAAGGCAUGUACUCUGUCCAGAAGCCUCAGAUUCGCUACAAAGAUCUGAUGAAAAGCUUCCAUAACAAGGUGACCACGCUAGCAGGAAGCACUGAAAAGGGAGAAGUUCCAAUGGUGGUAAACCUCUUCCAGUCUGUGCUGGACGGCUUCAUCAGGGCCACAAAGAAACAAGCAGCGUCUGAACCUGCAAAGACGUUGAAGAAGAGGAGAAAAAAGGAUAAAAGUCUUGACAGUCCUCUGGAUCACCUGUUCAGCACAUACCAGGUGAACAUUAUGCAGUCAUGUGACUUGUGUGGCUCCUACAUCUGGGGAAUGGAGAAAGCCUAUAUGUGCAGUGCGUGUAAGUUGAUAUGUCACAAGAAAUGCCUGAGCAAAAUCAUCACGGACUGCUCGACACGGUGUGCCAGGCGGGAUGGCAGUUUACCAGCCUCGGCUCACUUUGGCGUGCAGGUGUGCGUCCUCACCAGUAAAGCCAACCCCGUGCCCAUAGUGAUGGAGACAUUGCUGAUGCACGUAGAGCUACACGGCCUCUACACCGAAGGGAUUUACCGCAAGUCGGGCUCGGCCUGCCGAGCGAAGGAGCUUCACCAGGUUCUGCAGAAAGAUCCUGAGACGGUAUGUUUGGAUAACUACCCGAUCCACACCAUCACGGGCCUCAUUAAACGCUGGCUCAGAGAGCUGCCUGACCCCCUCAUGACAUUUUCCCUCUACCACGACUUUCUGCAUGCUGUGGAAUUACCAGAGGAAGAAGAGAAAAUAAAGGCCGUGUACCAAAAGAUCGAAGAACUUCCUCCUGCUAAUUUCAGCACGUUAGAGCGGCUGAUCUUUCACCUUGUCAGAGUUGCAAAGGAAGAAGAGCAUAAUAAGAUGUCACCAAGUGCACUUGCUAUUGUGUUUGCCCCCUGCAUCCUGCGUUCACCUGAUUCUGAUGACCCCCUCCUCUGUAUGAAGGACGUGUCUAGGACUACACUUUGUGUGGAGAUCCUGAUCACUGAGCAGUUCAGGCGCUACAACGAAAAGAUGCAAAAUAUCCAGGAGCUGGAACACGCAGAGGCCAUGGCUGUCAAUCAACUCAGACUCAGAAGACAAGCCACGGUUGUUGAACAGUCCGAGCUGCAGGUUCCAGAGAUAACACAGCCUGAUGAAGCGGUGAAGACCCUCCUUGAAAGGAUCAAGUCCAUCAAGCAAGAAAAGUUGGACUUGGUCUCCAGGUUGCCUGAGCUGGAUCAGGAAGAAUCUGACAAUGAAAACUUAGACUUCUCAUCAUGGUUGAGCACUGACAGCCUGGACCGACUAGGGUCCCUGGACUCGGAAGGAAAAUCAAUCACGCCUGUGAAAACCCAGAAACCGGACUGCCCUCCCAAACCUGCCGACCUGACGCAGAGAGUUAGACAUCUAAUGGUUCAAAGUGAUCGUGAACAGAAAGAGUUCACAUCUGGAGAAAAAGCAGAUGUUAUCCAGCCUAGCGUAGACACUCCCUCCCCAGCCAGCAAGCCCCAGAUAGCCAGUAAGAAGUUUAACGGGAGCUCUGACGACCUGGACAUCCCUUACAUUGACGAGGAUGAAGAUUUAAACGGAGAAUAACACCAUAAAUUGUUAUAAUUUGAAAAAUUCCCAAAUGUGUAUUAAUGGAAACAAAAAAAAUAUGCACUUUGUUUUGUAGACGUUUCGAUUUUUCCAUGCUGCUAUGGAAACGAACUGCUUUGAAAAUGUAUAUGUAUUUAAUGGGAGAUGAUGCUGACUGUUCUUUCAGGGAGGUUUUAUUAUUAUUAUGGCAGAUAUGGAUUAGUACUUCUCUUUGUAUCAGUAUACUGUGUGUAAUUUUUUUAACCUAUUUCAAAAUUGUACAGCUCUGAUUUUAAUAAAAGGCAGAUAUUUUUGACGUGUUCUUUGUGAUGAGCUCCGUCGAGAAAUAUAGAACGUGAUGAAGAACACUCAAGUACACAAGAGUGUCUUUUACUAAUUAACUCUGAGCUCAAUCAUUGUGUUAUUAAUUGAAUGCCUUGUGUGUUGUUGGGGAAUAAAUAGCUUGUGCUGUACCAGAAAACUUCUGACCUUGUACAUAAAGUGAUUCUGUCUCCUAAAGACUUCAGC